CUUCGCUUUUAGGCUUCAUCCAUCAAGUUCGUUUUCGCCAACGCAUUUGUACGACAAGGGCUUUCCUGGAAACAAGCUACCCUUCCGCACCCUGUGACGCCUUGAAUAGCUUACACACGACAGCAGCCAUGGCUGCGCUGCUGCUUAUUACUACUGCCGCACUAGCGGCGGUAGUUACGGUUCAUGGUCUGUCGCCAGCCGAGCUUCUUUCGCGCGGAGAAGCGCUGCAAAGCUGGCUUGUUGAGCAGCGUCGGGAGCUGCACAAGCUGCCUGAGCCUGGCUUCCAGGAAUUCAGCACGCACAGCCGCAUCGUUCGCUUCCUGGAGGCGCACAACAUUCCCUACAGCUACCCCUAUGCUAAGACCGGCAUCGUAGCCCAAAUCGGCUCCGGCAAGCCCGUCGUGGCUAUCCGUACCGACAUGGACGGCCUGCCCAUUCAGGAGCCAGAGGGCCUGCCAUUCAAAAGCCAGAAAGACGGCUGGAUGCACGCAUGCGGCCACGACGGCCACAUGACCAUGGCCAUGGGUGCCGCCAAGCUGCUGUGGGAGGCCCACCAGGCGGGGGAGCUGCCGCCCGGAUCCGCACACAUCGUGUUCCAACCGGCGGAGGAGGGCGGCGCGGGGGGCGACCUCAUGAUCCAGGAGGGCGCUCUAGAUGACGUGGACGCCGCCUUCGGGCUGCACGUGAUGCCGCACCUGCCCUCCGGCUCGCUCCACUCCCGCCCCGGAACCAUCAUGGCGGGCGCGCUGUCCUUCCGGGUGGUGGUGGCGGGGCGGGGCGGCCAUGCAGCCAUGCCGCACCUCAACGUGGACCCAGUGGUUGCGGCGGCGGGGCUCAUGUCGGCGCUGCAGACGGUUGUGAGCCGCGAGACCUCCCCUCUGGGCUCGGGGGUGCUGAGCAUCACCAUGCUGCGGGCGGGGGACGCGUACAACGUCAUACCCGACUCCGUCAUGUUCGGGGGGACCAUUCGCGGCCUGACCCACGAGCACCUGAUGUUCAUGAAGCGGCGGUUGGAGGAGAUGGCGCCCGCCGUCGCUAGCGGUUACGGUUGUAACGCUACCGUUGACUGGCGGUUGGACGAGCAACCGUACUACCCGCCAACCGUCAACGACGAGCGUAUGGCGAACUUCGCGAUGCAGACCGCCGCCUCGCUGCUGGGUCCCGCCCAGGUGCAGCUGGCCGAGCCGCUCAUGACUGGGGAGGACUUUGCGUUCUUCUGCCGCAAGGUUCCCUGCGCGCUGAUGUUCCUGGGUAUUCGCAACGAGAGCGUCGGCUCCGUGCACGCGCUGCACAGCCCCAAGUUCACGCUGGACGAGGGGGUGCUGCACAAGGGUGCCGCGCUGCAUGCGUCCAUCGCGCUGGAGUACCUGAAGACGUUUGGGGGGCAGGGGCAGCAAGGGAAGGAGGAGGAGAGGGAGAAGGCCGCGGAUGCCGCGGAUGCUGCUCCUUCAGCGGAGCACGACAAAGAUGAGCUGUGAAGGGGACAAUCAAUUCACCUUGUGAGGAUUUUUGAAGCGUCGAUUACGAUAAAAACAUGGUUGAAAGGAACAGUGCCCGAGGCAUGCGCUGCUUGUUUGGGGUUUGUUACUUGCUUGCCACUCCAGGUAAAUGCGGAAAGGCGGGUGCUGUGUUGUUGGGGAGGCUUAGGAGGAGCAGGAUGGCAAGAUGGUAUGUCGGCAGGAUGACACGGCGGUUAGUUAACAAUGAAUAAAAUUAAAGUGUACGGCAGCCUUCUCCCUGACUGUACGGCAGCCUUCUCCCAG